AUGGUGACGGGCUCGGCUCGGCGGGGCUCCCGCAGCCGGGACCGAGCCGCGCCGGGCCCCUGCCCGUCGGCGGGCGGGCGGCGCGGCGGGGCGGCGGCGGCGGCGGUGCUGGCGGGGCUGUGCGCCCUCUGCUACGGCAACUCCCUGCGGGGCGAGUUCGUGCACGACGAUGUCUGGGCCAUCGUGAACAACCCCGACGUGCGGGCGGCCGCCCCCGUGUCCGCCGCCUUCGCCAACGACUUUUGGGGCAAGCGCAUGGCCGAGAACACCAGCCACAAGUCCUACCGGCCCCUCUGCGUCCUCACCUUCAAGUUGAACAUAUUGCUGGCUGGCAUGAACCCCUUCUAUUUCCACGCAGUGAAUGUAAUUUUACACUGUCUGGUGACUCUUGUGCUGAUGUAUACUUGUGACAAAGCUGUGUUCAAGGACUGUCGACUUGCUUUUGUCACGGCGCUCUUCUUUGCUGUGCAUCCCAUUCACACCGAGGCUGUAACAGGUAUAGUAGGCAGAGCAGAUGUCCUUGCCUGUCUACUCUUUCUGUUGGCUUUUCUCUCCUAUAAUAGGAGUGUGGAUCAGCUUUAUGUUGGGGAACAUUUCCCUCCCACUGCUUCCCCAUUCUUUUUGCUGCUUAGUUUAUUCCUUGGGACAUGUGCAAUGCUGGUUAAAGAAACUGGAGUCACUGUGUUUGGUGUGUGCUUGGUUUAUGACUUCUUUUCCCUCUCCUACAAUGGACUCAAAUUGAGAAACGGGGGCAUCCACCAGAGGCCUGCCCGGCCGCCGGUGCCCUCCCUGUGUGGCUCUCCGCGGGUGCCGCUGUCCGGCCGGGAGAACGGGAAGCAGCGCUUUGCUCACCGGGGCGCCUGGAGCUCCUGCCAGCCCGCAUCGCCCCAGGAGCAGCCCAGCGAGGCCCUGGCCGUGCCCAGCAGAGCCAUCUGGGCCAUCCGCAGGUCGACUUGCAUGGCAAAAGGAUGGGGGGAAAAAGCUUUAAAUAUUUCAGAAGCUCCAAAAUUUGUGGAGAGAUUUGGCACAGUGAAGUAG